AUGUACACUGCCUUGCUCCUCCGCUACUCCACCACUUCCACCAAUGCUCCACAUGAACUUCCAUGGAAGCUCAGGACUUCUCUCUCAAAAGUUCUGAAUCGAUUCUACCCAUUAGUUGAGAUAGCAGCCGAUGGCAUUCUACAAGUUAACUGUAACAAUGAAGGCACAGUGUUCAUAGAAGCAUGUUCUGAAACUGAUCUCACCGUCUUCCUUCUCUCCCCUCCCAUCAACCAGUUCAAAGAACUCCUUCCGGUUAAAACCAGUAUGUUCAGACACAGUGAACCUAUUCUUUUGCUACAAUUCACUAACUUCUUAAAUGGCUAUGUGCUCGGAUUUUUGAUUUCGCAUGUGAUUGCCAAUGGUGCUUCCAUGGCCUUAUUCCUAAACUGCUGGGCGGAGACAGCACGUGAGAUUGAGGAAGAUAGACUAGCCAUGCCUUGUUUCACUUCAGCUUCAACUCUCUUCCCACCCAAGCCUCUAACAAUCGCCUACCAGGAACCAAAGGAGCCUUCUACUCUCACAACUUGUGAACUUGGCAAAAGAUUUACAGGUUUAUCAGAUCUCUCCAUUGGCAAUCUAUGGAUUGGUGGAGUAAGCUUCAUUGAGGGAGGAGUAGGACAAGAAGAGGUGGUGAAGCUGGUGAGGGAAAGUGGGAGGGGAGUGAAUGAGGAGGGAGUGAGGAAUGAGGCUGAGAGAACGUUUGCAGGUAAGAAUGAAGGGAAGGGAGAGGGGGAUUGGAAGGGAAGAAUGAAGGAGAUGCUAUGGAUAUUUAGUAGUUGGUGUAGGAUGGGUUUUUAUAAGACUGAUUUUGGGUGGGGAGAACCAGAGUGGAUUGGAUGUGAGUUUCGGGGCCUGAAGGAUGAGUGUAUAUUGAUUGAUUGAAAGGAUGGAGAAGGAAUUGAGGUGUGGUUGUGGAUGGAGAGAGAGGAGAAUGAUGAGAAGUUCCUCCCCUUUGCUUAUGCUUAGAUUAGAAGAGGAGAGUCAUGCAAAUGAGCAUUAUCAUUAUACAUAUGUGUU